AUGGCGGAACAAAAUCUCGUACGUCAAGAUCGAAAGCGUUAUCUUGACGUUAAUAAUGAACCAGAUAAAGCGUUACCACCGCUUCUGUUAGUUUCAAGCAAGCAGACCGUUUUGCCUUUACGAGAAGCUGUUAAGCCCAUUCAGCAUUUGGUUGAGGACUUGCCUAAUAAGGUAUCAUAUUCACUGGAGAAAUGCAAGAAUCCAAAAGAUGAUCUUACGCGUGAUGAAUCCGCGGCGCUUUAUCUGUAUUCACUGCAAUGGCCCGAAGGAAAACCUUCAUUUUAUACCAUGUUUAAUCGAUCAUUACGGGAUGAAGAUCGGGCAAAGCUGGUACCAUAUCAUGAUUAUCUGAAUUUGUUUAUGUCGGCAUUUAAAAAAUUACCGUCUGUUCAAGAUCGUGUAUGGCGUGGUGUUAAUGGAGAUUUAAGCGCGAAAUAUCGUCCAGAUACGACGCAUGUUUGGUGGGGUGUUAGUUCAUGUACCAAUAUGGUUCAAGUUAUAUCGCAAUCAAAUCCAGCACCGAAUUUUCAUAUUGUUGACAUCGAACAAAUUGCUCCAUCAUCAAAAGAAGUUACGGAAACAGCAUCGGCUGGUGCACCCGGCAUAAUGCCUAAUUCUGUACAACAGCGCCUUGGAUUCAUUUGGCUUGAUUCCAAUAUUCACAAAACCAAAGAUAAUAUUAAAGCACAGACAAAAUUGCGAGAGUUGCUUCGAAAUAACUUUGAAACAUUUGAAGACGCUGAUAAAUGUGAAGCGUUCGUUCGACACUACAAAAAUAGAAGACUGGUGUUAAUUGUUGGAGGACAGAUUGGCCGUCAAGUUGUGCCGAAUGUUCACAAUUUACCUCAAUUGAUAUCCAUUAUUGUCUACUGUAUGAAUCAAGCUGAAAAUGAAAAAUGGACAAAAAACCAUGAAAAAGUCGAAUCUGUUCUGAUUCAUUCAAGUGAACUGAUUAAUGAAGUUGAAAAAGUACUACAAAAAGAAAACGAAGAUACCGAAUCAAACAUGUUAAGUAAGGACAUCCUGGACUACCCGCAGCAAAUUCUAACUCCAAUUGACGGCUACCAAAAUUCACCGUUGAUGCCGAUUGACAAGGCACUUCAGCCACUGAAUGACAUCAUACCUGAUUUAACACAACAAAUAUGGAUAGCUCGACAAGGCGCUCAUUAUGAGGGACCUUUGACGCAAGAUGAAUCAGCCGCAAUUAAACUUUAUACAAUGGAAUGGGAGCCACCGAAAACUUGUCUGUAUCGUUUAUUGAACGCCGAUUUACGAUCUGAAACUCGAGAUACAAUAAAGAAAUGGUUCCCCUAUCUUAAAUUAUUUUUAGCCGCAUUGCAUAGACUGCCAUCGUUUAAAGGAACCGUUUGGCGUGGUGUCAGACGCGAUCUUAGCCAACACUAUGAAAAAGGACAACAUGGGGUAUGGUGGUCAUUUUCAACGACGACAGAAGAUAUGUCAGUUCUCCAAUCGAAUCACUUCCUGGGCCAACAAGGUCAGCGAACACUGUUCUCGAUUGAAUGCCAAAAUGGAAAAUCUAUUAGACAUUAUUCAUAUUUUCAAACUGAAGAAGAAAUAAUACUCAUGCCUGGUUUCUAUUUCGAAGUUAAGAAUAAACUACAAGCUGGCGAAGGUCUGUGGAUAAUUACUUUAAAAGAGAAACAACCGCUUAGCGUAUUACUUGUGCCGCCGUUUUGA